AUGGGUAAUCGCGGUCAGUUAUUAGUAAUUGGACUACUAACCCUAGCAAUUUUCUUGGUUAAGCUAUCUUCAUCCUCCCAAAUUGUUAGGCGUUUUUCAUACAACAUAGAAAGAAAGAACGUAAGACGUUUAUGUCAUACGAAAAGAUUGCUAACAGUGAAUGGCAAGUAUCCAGGACCAACCAUUUUCGUUCAUGAAGGCGAUAAUCAUGUGGAGGUUAAAGUCACUAACCAGAGUCCCUGGAACACUACUAUCCACUGGCAUGGGGUACGGCAGCUAAGAAGUGGUUGGGCAGAUGGACCAGCAUACAUAACUCAAUUUGUAAGUUACACUUACAAAUUCACAAUUAUUAACCAAAGGGGAACCUUAUGGUGGCAUGCUCAUCUUUCCUGGCAACGCGCCACUGUCUAUGGUGCUUUUAUUAUAUACCCUCGAACAAGGCCUUAUCCAUUUUCAGCUUCAACAGAAGCUGAAAUCCCCAUAAUCUUUGGUGAGUGGUGGAAUGGAGAAAUUGAAGAUAUAGAAAAUGACAUGAAGUUAUAUGGAAGUGGUCCUAAUUCUUCUGAUGCUUAUACCAUAAAUGGCUUGCCAGGGCCCUCGUAUCCUUGUUCUAAUAAAGAUACAUUCAUUCAGACAAUUGAGAUAGGCAAAACAUACUUGCUUAGGAUCAUCAAUGCAGCACUAAACGAUGAACUCUUCUUCGCGGUGGCAAAUCAUACAUUAACAGUAGUCGAAAUUGAUGCUGUUUACACAAAACCCUUUACAACAAAAGCUAUAAUGAUCACCCCUGGACAGACAACCAAUGUCUUAAUCACUGCAAAUCAAAUCCCUGAUUCAACAGGAACGUUUGUCAUGGCGGCUAGGCCUUAUCUUACUUCAGUCUUCCCAUUUGACAAUUCCACUACAAUUGGUUUCCUUAAAUACAAAAUUUUCCCUGAACGGCCUCCCCAUCCUUUUAACUACACAGGGGUGGAUCCAUUAUCCGAAAACCUGAAUACUGAAUUUAGUACUAGGAUCUUAGUCGUGCCAUAUGGCACGAGACUAGAGAUUGUGUUUCAAGACACGAACUUUCUGAAUCAAGAAAAUCAUCCAAUUCAUGUACAUGGUCAUAAUUUCUUCAUUGUGGGCAGGGGAUUUGGAAAUUAUGAUGUUGAUCGCGAUACGAAAAAUUAUAAUGUUGUUGAUCCACCUGAGAGGAACACAGUUGGUGUUCCUGUUGGAGGGUGGGCUGCAAUAAGGGUAAUAACUGAUAAUCCAGGAGUUUGGUUUAUACAUUGUCACUUGGAGGAACAUACUUCAUGGGGUCUUGCUAUGGGACUGAUUGUUCAAAGUGGUCAACAUCCUUCUCAGUGUUUGCUUCCUCCUCCUCAUGAUUUUCCUGCAUGUUGA